UCUUUCCCCCUUCUCGCUUGUGCUUUUGGCGCCUUGGAGAUGGCGGCGAGGAGGCAGGAGAACAAGGAAGAGGCGGCUGAAGUGACUCUGGAAGAGCUGAUGGAGAGGAGUUUCUUCGAGGAUCCGCCUCCGCCGCCGAGAUUCCCAAAGAAAAUUGUUGGCUUCUCGGAUACAGUACUCAGCAAGGGUUUGAACAACAGAUACUGCGUGUUACAUGUCCAGGAAAAUGGUGCUCUGGAGAAACACCUGACAAUUACAGCUUCUUCUCAACUUGAUGAUUUGGAUACAGAGCUGUGCAUCCUAAGACAUGACUGGAUUUCUGUUCCAGUGCAGCCUGGAGAUAUCAUUCAUCUAGAAGGAGAGUGUAAUGCGGGUGUUUGGAUAAUAGAUGCAGAUGGAGGAUAUUUGAUUCUGUAUCCAGAUGUAUUAGUCUCUGGCACUACUGUAUCAAAUAGCAUUCGGUGUAUGAGAAAAGCUGUACUGAGUGAAAAGUUCAAAGGAUGUGAGCCUGGUUUGCGUCCAAUGCUAAUAGGUACAAUCCUUCAUGAAAUUUUCCAAAAAGCAGGAACAAAUUUUACACAAGAGAAAUUGCAAGAAAUUGCCUUCUCGGUAAUUCAUGGACCGAAGUAUCUAAAAGAGCUGUACCAGUUAAAUCUGAAAGAGAAUGAUAUAAUGCAAGAGAUAGAAGAGUACUUUCACUCUUUUAUUAAAUGGGCAGAAGAGUUCAUAUACAAAGAAAACCAUGUUUGCCAGCAUAAUAUGCAGAUAAAAUGGCCAGGGGAUGAAAAAGAUGACUCCUGGUGCACUGUCAAAGUUACAGAAAUCCUGGAUGUUGAGGAGAACAUUUGGUGCCCCAGAUUUGGCUUAAAGGGUAAAAUUGAUGUUACAGCAGGCGUAACAAUUCACCGCAGAUCUACAACUCAGUCCAAGAUAAUGCCUCUGGAGCUUAAAAGUGGCAAGGAAUCUAACUCUAUAGAACACAGAAGUCAGGUGGUUUUGUACUCCCUGUUGUGCCAAGGAAGACGAGCUGAUCCUGAAGCUGGAUUCCUCCUUUACCUAAAAACUGGGAAUAUGUUUCCUGUACCUGGAAAUCGUAUGGAUAGGAGAGAACUGAUCAAACUAAGAAAUGAGUUGGCCUUCUAUUUGCUUCACACCGUAUGCAAAUCUGACACUGGGAAGGAGCAGACACAGCUUGCAUCUUUGCCUCCCCUGAUUAAUGACAGUAAGGCAUGCAGCUAUUGCUCUCAGAAGCAGAACUGUGCACUUUAUAGCAGGGCUGUGGAACAGCAGCAGAAUCACUUUAUUUCUCCGGAUGUGCUUGCUGCUGUUGAAAGUGAGACGCAGCAUCUGAAGCCCUCGCACCUGGAGUAUUUCCAUCUCUGGUAUCUGAUGCUCACCUUGGAGUCACAAUAUAAAGAUGGAAAGAAGGGGUGCAGAAACAUAUGGAUGAUACCUGCUGCAGAAAGGGAGAAACAUGGAGACUGCAUUGGAAACAUGAUCAGGGUGGAGUGUGUGCAGAAGGUGUCCAAUGGACUGUAUUUACACUGUUUCCAGCGUAAGAAGGGUUCUGCGCCUGCAAUAACUCUGAUGAUAGGAGACAGGGUUGUUGUGAGUGGUGAAGCGGACAGCACUUUGCUUGGCUUGGCGACUGGUUAUGUACAACAGGUCAACGGCUCCAAAAUCUCUUGCUUAUUGGAUAGGAACUUGUCACGUAUCCCGAAAGACACUAUAUUUAGGUUAGACCAUGAAGAAGGAGCUUUUGGCACAGAUGCUCCAUUGGGAAACCUUUCUAAAUUGAUGGGAAAUUCUCCUGCAAGUGAAAGGCUUCGUAAUUUAAUAAUAGACUUUCAGAAACCACAAUUCAUCCAAAAUUUGAGCGCUGUCCUUCCUCCAGAAGCAAAGGAAACUGUUGCAAACAUUCUAAAAGGCCUUAAUAAACCCCAGAAACAAGCAAUGAAACAAGUGCUUCUUUCAAAGGAUUACACACUCAUUGUCGGGAUGCCUGGGACAGGAAAGACCACCACAAUAUGUGCUCUGGUCCGAAUUCUUUAUGCUUGUGGCUUCAGUGUUCUCUUAACUAGCUUUACUCAUACUGCAGUUGACAAUAUCCUUCUGAAGCUGGCAAAGUUCAAAGUAGGCUUUCUGCGACUGGGUAGAGUUCAGAAGGUUCAUCCGGCCAUUCAGAAGUUCACAGAGGAAGAGAUCUGCAGAUCCAAAUGCAUUAAGACUGUAGCUGACUUGGAGGAGCUGUAUCGUAGUCAACCUGUAGUUGCCACAACAUGCAUGGGAAUAAAGCACCCAAUUUUCACUCGUAAACAAUUUGACUUCUGCAUAGUGGAUGAGGCUUCUCAAAUAAGCCAGCCAAUCUGCUUGGGUCCACUCUUCUAUUCACUUCGGUUUGUGCUAGUGGGGGACCAUCAGCAGCUCCCUCCACUUGUGCAAAAUGCAGAAGCAAGAGAUCUUGGCAUGGGCGAAAGUUUAUUCAAAAGACUGGAACGAAACAAGAAUGCCGUUGUUCAGCUGACCGUACAGUACCGAAUGAACAGUAAAAUUAUGUCACUGAGUAACAACCUGGUAUAUAAUGGCAAACUGGAAUGCGGCUCUGAGAGAGUGUCCAAAGCGAUAGUUGACUUGCCAAAUUUAGAAGACUUGAAAUUGGACCAGAAGUUUUCUUCAGAAACAUGGCUAAAGGAAACACUUGAUCCAAACAACCCUGUUUGUUUCCUUAACACAGAAAAGGUUCCAGCGCCAGAACUUACAGAAAAAGGUGGUGUAAGUAACAUGACGGAAGCCAGACUGGUUCUCUUCCUGACGUCCAUGUUUAUCAAGGCUGGUUGCAAGCCCUCAGAUAUUGGGGUCAUAUCUCCAUACAGACAUCAGUUAAAGAUAAUCACAGACUUGAUGACAAGUUCAUUUAUCAAGAAUGUAGAAGUAAAUACUGUGGACAAGUACCAAGGAAGAGACAAAAGUAUCAUCAUUGUGUCCUUUGUAAGGAAUAACGCUGAUGGAAAUCUUGGAGAACUUCUGAAGGACUGGAGACGUCUCAACGUUGCUGUUACAAGAGCAAAACACAAAUUAAUCAUGCUGGGUUGUGUGCCAUCCCUGUGUCACUAUCCUCCUCUGAAAAAGUUGCUUUGUCAUUUGGAUACUGAAGCAAUGAUUUUCAGUCUUCCAUUAGGGGCAUGUGAAAGUGUGUAUCGUUGUAACCUGUGAAAAGGGGGCAUCAAGGUGAAAAUCCUCAUUCAUGUGCUGCUGAAAGAAUCGAUUGCAUUAUAAGCUUGGGAGUUCCAUAUUGUCAAAUAGAUUUAAUUUCACUGUCUUUUCUACAUGUUAAUGUCUCUACAUAGUUCUUAAAACGUUAGCCAUUUUAAAAAUAAAACUUUGCACACACAUCUCCAGGCAUGUUCAGGCAUUUGUUUGAAUCGAUCUGCAAACCCCACCCCACCCUGUAUCCUGGGGCAUGUUGCCCUGUUGAUUUAGUCCCUUUCCUGUGCUU